GAGUCUCAGUGGCAGUGCGCUAGUUUAUUUGCCUCCCCGUUAGAACAGGUUGACGGAACGCCGGGGGCAAGCAACUUGCCACAUGAGUCCAUCCCGCUUUUUUCGACUUUGCUAUCGACCCAGUCAACCAUGUCGCUGUCUCUCGACUCUCUACAAUGGCGUCCUUCUCCUCCUGUCUUCAACCGCAUCUCACCGCACAAACCAGUAACCCAACAUGCCCCCCACCACCGUUCUUCAGCUUCUCCUCUUCUUCUUCUUCUUCUUCUUCUUCUUGUCUUCCCAAGUCCACACGGUAGCUGCUGCAGGGAACACUCUCCACCCCGGCGACACCAUCGGCAUCAACCGGACCAUCGUCUCUUCCGCCGGAACGUUCGCCCUAGGGUUCUUCAUCCCCCGCCACUCUCCCUCGACCUCCUUCUACCUUGCUAUUUGGUACAACGACACUGGAGACGACGCGGCGGUGUGGGUGGCCAACAGAGACAGCCCCGUCGCUGACUCCGCUGCGGUUCUGGCCUUGCAGCUCGAUGGGAACCUUGUGCUAUCCGACAGCGACGGCAGCAAGAUUUGGUCUUCCAAUACCUCGUCGACUUCGAAUGGCACCGAGGCCGUACUCUUGGAUUCUGGCAACCUCGUCUUGCGAUCGGGUGACGCCGAUACCACUAUUUGGGAAAGCUUCGAUCAUCCCACCGAUACCCUGCUUCCCAACAUGAGGAUCGUUUCCUAUUUCGGGAUCGGCGUCGCCACGAGGAUCGUGUCGUGGAAAACAUCGAGCGACCCAGCCACAGGAACUUUUAGCUUGGGCAUUGAUCCGAGAACUUUCAUGCAAGCUUUCAUAUGGCGCGGAUCGGAGCCUUACUGGAGAAGCAAUGCGUGGAAUGGGUCAGUUACUUUCACGGAGAACGAGGACAACGAAUCCAUAUCCAGUUUCUACAUUACGUCGCUCUCCGGCGGCAAGCAGAAUAUGUCCUGGUCGUACAUGGUAACGCAGGGUUUUCCAGCGACGAGAUUAGUGAUUGAGGAAACAGGGUUCCUCAGGCUGUUAACUUGGCAAGCGGCCAGCAAGAGCUGGGUUACUCGAGCAUCAUAUCCGAACAUGGAAUUUGGGGCUUGUGUUCUGUACAACCAGUGCGGUCCAAAUGGCAUGUGCGUUGGCAGGAACGCCACACUCUCGUGCAAAUGCUUCGCUGAGUUUUCACCAAACAACUCCACAGAGUGGGCUGCUGGCAAUUACUCAGGUGGUUGUGUGAAAAAGACUAGAUGGGAUUGCAGCAAGGGAGGAUUCUACAAGGUUUAUAGCAAGAUGAAGUUGCCUGAUGGCAUGCUACUACUAAGAGAUGCUGGUGCAAGUGAGUGUGAAGCCAAUUGUUCGGCUACCUGCAAUUGCACAGCCUACUCUUUUGACAGCACGAGGAGCAUUGAGAGCACAACUAGAUGUCUGGUUUGGCUUGGAGAUAUGAUUGAUCUCGUGCAAAAUUCGUCUGGAAUGGAUGAACUUCAUGUGCGUGUCUCUGCGGCUGAUCUUGAUAAUAAUUCUCAAUGUGAUGGACAUUCACAUAAGAGAAAACGUUUACUUGUUAUUAUGCUUACGGUAGGCACUGCUGCAAUGCUUCUCUCUGGAACAACAUGCUAUUUUAUGUGGGCGAGGCACAUGCGAUUGGGAAAAACAAGAAGAUUGCUCGAGUUAAGAAUUCCUGAUACUAUUGGAUCUGAUAAGGGAGCCAUUAAUGUCCCCCUGGUUGAUUUUUUCAGUAUUCGCAAGGCAACAGAUGACUUUGCGGUUACAAACAAACUCGGUGAAGGUGGUUUUGGUUCUGUCUACAAGGGAAGACUAGAAGAUGGCCAGUUUAUAGCUGUAAAAAGGCUCUCUGAGAACUCAAAACAAGGCUUUGAGGAGUUGAACAAUGAAGUUAAGCUAAUUGUCAGACUUCAACAUACUAAUCUUGUCAGGCUUUUAGGUUGGUGCAUUCAUGAAAAUGAGAAAAUGCUCAUCUAUGAAUAUAUGCCCAACAAAAGUUUGGAUAAAUACUUAUUCGAUUCAAACCAUUCAACGCAAUUAGACUGGCAUAAGAGAUUCUGUAUAAUACAAGGCAUUGCUCAAGGACUUCUUUAUCUCCAUCGCUAUUCAAGACUACGCAUCAUUCAUAGAGAUUUGAAGACAAGCAACAUCCUACUGGAUGAAAAUAUGAUUCCCAAAAUUUCAGAUUUUGGUUUGGCAAGGAUAUUCGGAGAAAGUCAUAUGGAACAAAACACAAGGAGAGUAGUAGGCACAUUUGGUUACAUGGCACCAGAAUAUGGCUUGCAUGGUCGUUUUUCUGAAAAAUCUGAUGUAUAUAGCUUUGGGGUGAUUCUCCUUGAGAUCAUUUCUGGUAAAAGAAACUCCGGCUCAUACUCGAUUAACGAUUCAUUCAGUCUUCUUGGAUAUGCAUGGUAUCUUUGGGUGGAAGGAAGAAGUUGCGAACUGGUAGAUCCCCAAUUGAUUGAUUCAUUCCCAGUUUCUGAAGUGGAGAAAUGCGUUCAACUUGGUCUGUUAUGUGUUCAAGAUAGGUCCACCGACCGACCAACAAUGGAUGCUAUCGCCAUCAUGCUGGUGAACAGGAACCCAGUUUUACCAUCGCCUCAGCAACCUGCCCAUGCCUCCACAAUGGAUUCACCAACACUGGUGCCAAUCCCAUAUUCCUGGGCACCAGAAUUGACCAUGAGUACCAUUGAAGGGAGAUGAAUUUUCUUCUUCAAUCCCUAUAGUAUUAGUUUGAAGGAAUUACAUUCGAUUUAAUAGUUUCAUAGAGUUGUUUAUGAAGUUAUAUAGGUGCAGUUCUCUGUCCUUUACUAAUGUUUUCUCUACCUCUAAACUACAAUGCUUGUAGAGUUUAGUGUAAAGAUCAAAGGGAAUACUAUCAUAUGAUUUUCUUUGUAGAUUCAUGUUGUGGCUGUGCUUAAAGAAAUUUACUAUUGUGCUUUUCUAUUGUUGAUUCUGAAUUGUUAUGCAUCUGGAGGCGGCAUUGUGUUUGCCCAGUUGUGGUGGUUUGUUAUCCAGAUGAAGGUGGUGCAGCUGGAGGCCACAUUGCGAAGGGCAGCAGUCAUGUGGCAGCCAGGAGAUCUUCAGAUUAAGACACCGAGCUGCAUCCAGUAUCAGAAGAAGACGAGUACCAUGAUGCCUCCAAUCAGCAUAAAGAGAGGGAUAUAUAAAGUCUCAAACAACACAUUUCAAACGCGUACUUUAUCAUCAAACCUUCAAAGAUCUCAGCAACUCCUCCAAUGCUAAAGCUUCUCCGAGUUUGAUUAUUCAAUGGUGUUUCAUUCUUCUAUUCUAUGUAACAUGCUCGAGGAGUCGGAGAAGGCACAAAAUUCUAUGCAAUUUCCAAAGCAGAGGAAACAUGGCUCGGCGCUGGAGAUACGGGAAGACUUCACUCACCUUUCCUACUCCGGCCAACUUUGCCUUGAAGGCUUGAACCAUCCUCUAGGUUGACGGAGAUUCCAAAGGCUAUGCCUUUCGUUUCUACAUUCGGCUACUUGUUGCUGGCUUGCGACGUUCCUUCGGCAUCGGUAAUAGCGUCAUCAAAUCCCUCUUGUUCUUCCGCUUCUCCGCGCUGAACGGAGUCCGGGUCGGGCUGGAGUGUGCCAUCUGCCUCGCCAAGUUCACCGACACGGAAUUGCUUUCGCAACAACUGCUUCGCCUUCUGCCUAAGUGCCGACCCACCUUUCACCUCGGCAAGUUCAUGGAACUCGAUCUCAGCCGCAAUCGGCUCAGUGGUGAUCCCGUCGUCGAUUGGGCAUCUUGUGCUGCUCAAUUCACUCGAUCUGUCCAUUAACAAGCUCUCUGACUCAAUCCCGACGGCGAUGGGCAGCCUCAAAGUUCUCUUUCCUGAAUCUCUCCUCCAAUGGCUUCAUUGGCGAAAUCCCUGCGGUGCUACAAAGUGGGGUGUAUGACCGCAGCUUCCUCGCGAACCUCCGGCUCUGCCGCGCCAUUGGCGGCGUCUUUUUCAACAUGCAUCGUGGCUGCAACGGUUCCGGUAGACUUGCCCACGGCUUCCGUAUCCUCGUCUUUACCCCGGGCAUGACCAUUUUACUGACGGCGAUGGCCUUCGCGACCUUCGUCUAUAGGGACCAACAGAAGAAGCUUAGAAGAUCUGUCGGAGGCUAUGACGACAAUCUCUCGUUGGAAGCUGACUUUGUUCCAGACAGAUCUCACCGAAUCCAACAUCCUCUGCGGCAUGGAGGAGAACGCGAUCAGUAGUGGAGGCGCUGGUUGCUUCUACAAUGCCGCCUUGGGUAACCGCACCGGACAGAAGGCCCCAUGGCUAAGCCGUAGGGGCUGCCUUGCCCGUGCUUGCUUAUGUGACGACGGCACGGCUCGCUUGGGAUAGCUUCUACGGAAGGAACUCCGGGCGGGCGAUGUUCGAAUUAAAGAUUCGUAGGAAGAUAAUUAGUAAAUACAGAGGAGCCGAAAAUAAUUUUUAAACUAAACAUUAAUCACCUUCUAUUUUAUGAAAAAUAAAAAUUUUAUCCUAGUC